CACACAGGUGCGCGCGCGCAGACACACAGACACACACACAACAAACGCGCACGGCACGCGCAUCAGUGUCUCCCGUUAAGCUCGUGAGCGUCUUUUCUCCCGGAACCAGAAUGGCACUGAGACUAAUGUUUAAUUCCUAAUACACACUUUUGUUCCUGUUUCCUCUCACGGUUCCGUGUCGCUGCACUUAUCCAUGGCCUCGAACGUGACGCGCAACUGGACCAAUCAGUUCGCUCAGCCGCCGUGGCGCGUGGCUCUGUGGUCGGUGGCGUACAGCUCCAUCCUGACGGUGGCCGUGUUCGGGAACCUGGUGGUCAUGUGGAUCAUUGUGGCUCACCGCAGGAUGCGGACCGUCACUAACUACUUCCUGCUGAACCUCGCCUUCUCCGACGCCUCCAUGGCCGCGUUUAACACGCUCAUUAACUUCAUUUACGCAGCGCACGGGGACUGGUACUUCGGAGAGGCGUACUGCAAGUUCCACAACUUCUUCCCGGUCACCUCGGUGUUCGCCAGCAUCUACUCCAUGACCGCCAUCUCUGUGGACAGGUACAUGGCCAUCAUCCAUCCUCUGAAGCCCAGACUAUCAGCCACAGCCACUAAAGUGGUCAUUGUGUGUAUUUGGGUUCUCGCUGUGGUUCUGGCAUUUCCUCUCUGCUUCUACUCCACCAUCAGGAGUCUACCACGAAGAACGAUCUGCUAUGUUGCUUGGCCAAGACCAGCUGAAGAUUCUCUAAUGUACCACGCCAUAGUGUCUGUGCUGGUCUACAUGCUGCCCCUAGUGGUGAUUGGAAUUGCUUACACCAUAAUCGGAGUGACGUUGUGGGGAAGUGAAAUUCCAGGAGAUUCGUCAGACAACUAUCACGGUCAGCUCCGCGCCAAGAGGAAGGUGGUGAAGAUGAUGAUUGUGGUAGUGGUGACCUUUGCCCUUUGCUGGCUGCCCUAUCACAUCUACUUUAUUGUCACUGGACUGAACAAACAGUUAAAUAAGAGGAAGUCAAUUCAGCAGGUUUAUCUCUCAGUGAUGUGGCUGGCCAUGAGCUCCACCAUGUACAACCCCAUCAUCUACUGCUGCCUCAACAACAGGUUCAGAGCAGGCUUCAAAAGGGCUUUCCGGUGGUGUCCUUUCAUCCGAGUAUCGAGUUAUGACGAGUUGGAGCUGCGUACAGCGCGACUCCACCCACGUAACCGCAGUAGCAUGUGCACGUUAUCCCGCGUCGACACCAGCGUCCUUGGAGACGACCCUCGCCAUGGCGACUGCAAGAGCACCAAGUCUCUGAACCACAGCGAGAUCAUUGGCUCGAAAGCGAGUCCUCCUCCAACCAAAUACGGCCUGUACACCGACACGGCCUCCACCUCCAAACACUUCGACUGAUGGCCAACACUCUAACAUAUUAGCUGCAGAGUUCUGUGUGUGAUUUAAUCUUUCUGAAAGCACUGAACCUCCUGGAACCAGGUCAGAAUUCAUGACGCCAUCAUGGUGAAGUAAAAUGUUCCAUAAU